CAGCAAUCUGAACAUUCAGUCCCGAUACUCGUUUUAUCCCACUCAGCACCAUCCAAUAAGCAAGAAAGAAAGGAUUAGAAAGAAACAGUUCAGUGUAGCCUCUAGAACACUUCAGAACCUGAAACCUGAAACCUGAAACGUGAGUUUGAUUUUAUAGUGAUCUUUUUCUUCAUUUACCCCUUAUUUAUUCGGUAACAUAUUUCCUUCAAGUAGAAUCUUUACUGCCAAUUCCCAUUUCCCAACAUCAUCGAAUUUCAAGGAACUGUAACAAAGAAUUUUCACUAAAAAAAAAAAAGCUGUAAAGGAAAUGGCUUUGGUAACCACUCCUCAAGUUAAUGAAGGCCCUUUGUUUGCAGAAGUUGAAAUGGGUGCUGAUUCGGCUGCACCCAGUAUUCGAGCCACCGUAGUUCAGGCCUCCACCAUAUUCUAUGACACCCCUGCUACUCUGGAUAAAGCCGAAAGGCUUCUUGCCGAAGCAGCCGCCUACGGGUCACAGCUUGUAGUAUUUCCUGAAGCAUUCGUAGGUGGCUAUCCACGUGGAUCCAAUUUUGGUGUCAGUAUUGGUAACCGUACUGCCAAGGGUAAGGAGGAAUUCCGGAAGUAUCAUGCUGCUGCCAUAGAUGUGCCUGGUCCUGAAGUUGAUAGACUGGCUACCAUGGCUGGAAAAUACAAAGUCUUCUUAGUGAUGGGUGUGAUUGAACGAGAUGGAUAUACUCUCUACUGCACCGUUCUUUUUUUUGAUUCUCAAGGUCAUUACCUUGGAAAGCACCGUAAACUCAUGCCAACAGCUCUGGAGAGAGUGAUAUGGGGUUUUGGAGAUGGAUCAACAAUUCCAGUUUUUGAGACACCGCUUGGUAAAAUAGGUGCUGCAAUAUGCUGGGAGAACAGGAUGCCACUACUGCGGACUGCUAUGUAUGCAAAAGGCAUUGAAAUAUAUUGUGCUCCUACCGCUGAUUCGAGGGAUAUAUGGCAAGCAUCAAUGACUCAUAUUGCUCUUGAGGGCGGGUGUUUUGUUCUGUCAGCCAACCAGUUCUGCAGACGAAAGGAUUAUCCACCACCACCAGAUUAUGUCUUUAUGGGUAAUGAAGAAGAUCUUCCACCCGAAUCUGUUGUUUGUGCUGGUGGAAGUGUUAUAAUUUCACCAUCAGGAGUUGUGCUUGCUGGACCAAACUAUGAAGGAGAGGCACUCAUCUCUGCAGAUCUAGAUCUUGGAGAAAUAGCCAGGGCAAAGUUUGACUUUGAUGUGGUUGGGCAUUAUUCAAGACCUGAAGUGCUUAGCCUAAUUGUCCGAGACCAUCCAGCAAGACCAGUGACUUUCACUUCCGCACAAGAAAAAGGCGAAAGCCCUCAAAAAUAGCCAUGGUUCACAGAAGAUCAACUAUAUAGUUUCGCCUUGAGUGGCUGGCACCUUUGUUACUAAUCUGAAGUCAGUCCCUUACACCCUGGUAUAUAUUCUGCAUCACUGAUGUUUGUACAAUAGUAGUACCUACUUCUGAUUGUAGUUGGCCAUAAAAAAGGCCAAAAUGUAUUUUUUCUUAUAUUACUGCAACUGAAGAAUGCUGCAGGCAAUGCAUAUCCUCCAGAAUGUUUGCAAGUUUCAACUCUUAUCUUUCCUGUUUCAUUCGAAACUCUGACGCCCUCGUUUGCUUUGGAAACUGCAUAGAACUGGUAUCCUGUACAAAUAACGUAUAAACCAACCCUCUUUUAUAGGACUUAUACGUUAGUCGUUUGAACAAUUAUUCGUUCCUAGAUUUAGUCCUUGUUCAUGUCAUAUUGUUCUCAGUUUUGGUUUUCUUAACUCCCACAACAUUUUAAUACCACUUUUAUAAGGCAUAAGUUCAAACCAAGUUUAGUUGCAAUUUGUUGCACAUCCCAAAGAAGGGGGAAGAAAACAUAGUAGUAAUAAAAAAUUAAAAACCUUGGAUUGAAG